CCCAGGCCUACCCCCAGGCCUACCCUACCAUCAUCAUUACUGAAACACGCAACAACAAAUAAUCCCCAUUCACUAUACUGGUAAUGGAAAAGUGCGGUGUGACAUUGUGUCCGGCAACACACACGUCGCUACGUUACUGACGAGAGUGACACUCGACGGUGGUGAGAGCAACCCGACUGUUGCUGCUGCUGCUGCUAACACAACAUUUAUAUUAUUAUCUAGCAUGCUGGUGGCAGUAUGACACUCCAUUACUGGUUAUGUGUUGUCUGGCUCACCUUGGCACUGGCAGGUGCCAGGGUGCUGGCUCUCACUGAUGAAAAUCUUGUACUAAAUAAUACUGGCCCUGUCGUCCUUGAUACGCCUAUAUGGUUCUCUGCUGAACUGAUAGAUUAUGAGGAAGGAGAAGAAUUGGAAUGGGAAUGGUCAGAUGAUCUUUUUAAUGGAACCACUCAAUAUAUCAAUGAAGGUAAAGCCUACUGGAAUAUUACUUAUGAUUCUGACACAUAUUUGUGGUAUACGGGGCAACGCACUGUUCAGCUCAUAGUCAAGAAACGUUGGUUCACGUUCUGGGUCAGAAGAGCAGAAGCAAGAACAACUUUUCAAUUAACAGGAUAUCUUAAUGGAGAGCUGACAGUUUAUCAACCAAAUGUAACUUUGCCAAUAUCUGGCACCAAUUUCAUCUCGACUGCCAAUGAAACCAACAUCACAGCAGUUAUCCAUGACCCACAUGAUUGGCUUAAGCAGCGCACAACAAUGGCCUCUUUCUUUUGGAUCAUUAAUGAUAGUAUCCAUGCAUCUUGUUCAACACCAUCAUUGAUUAUCAACAUAACCAAGCCUGGAAAUUAUUCCAUCCAAGCUAAUGUUAUGUUGGAUAUUUCAAGGGACAUUAUUACUACCACUACAACCACCACUACUACCACCACCACCACCACCACCACUACUACUACCACCACCACCACUACUACAACCACUACGCCCAAACCAAGUAAUCAGACAUCGACUACAUCAAGUACAACACCCCUAACAACUACUACAACCCCAACAACUACUACAACCCCAACAACUACUACACCUAAUCAUACUACAACAACUAUACCACCACCUAACCCUCGACCUUGGCGGUGUGAUGGAUAUUGGCCUCAGGCAGGACAUUCCAACGGUUUGCCAGAAACCAGAAACCUUAAGCCGGGCUCCUUCCAUAAAAAGAUCGUUGCUAAAGAGCCAAUUGAACAGCUCAAUGCAACUGGUAAAACCUGGCUUAAACAUGGAGAACUGUUCAAUGUGACUAUCCAGUGCUCUGGUUCUGGUCCCUGGGGCUACUGCCAUCAAGUUUACAAUGGUGUUUAUAAUACGACUGGUAAGUAAAAAAUUCCUAGGUAG